ACGAGCAUCAACCCCAAAUUGCUUUAGCUUGUUUAGCAAGUUGCAGCGACUAGCGACACUAAAAAUGUGAAGUACGGUAAAAAACUUUACGCCUCACGGACAGAAGAUGUGAGAACGUUGUCUUUUCAGGAUUAUUAGACAGGCUGCAGCGAUGGGCCCCGACACUGCGCCUGUCCCUAAAGCAGAGUCUUCAGAGGAAAGUCCAGGAGCAGUCGUGGUGAAGCUCGUCUCAGAAUCAGAUUCCAACGAUGCUUCAACUGCCACUGAAUCUGAGAACUCCAAACAACCAGAAAGCAACAUCUCAGACAAGUGCUACCCUUGCUCUGUCUGUGGCAAGGUGUUUGACAGACCGUCGAAGCUGGAGAGGCACAAACCUGUGCAUACGAGAAAGCCCAAGACGGUUCAUCAGUGUAAGCACUGUGAUAAGAGCUUCACGCAGCAAGAGAAGCUGCUCCGACACCAGAACUGCCACAAUAGGACUAACAAGCAUCCCUGUCCUGACUGUGGAAAAGUGUUCAACAGGCCUUCAAAGUUAGAGAGACAUAAACGCACACACUCGAAGAAACCAAAGGUGCCUCAUCAGUGUUCCUACUGCAUGAAGACGUUCAGUAAACUUAACAAACUUGUACGUCACAAGCGGAUGCACACCGGGGAGAGGCCUUUCACCUGCUCGGUCUGCGGAAAGGGAUUUUCUGAGUCAGGACACUGCAAAGCGCACGAAAAAACGCACGAGGAGCAGCCAGAAAAACCUCAUUCCUGCGCAGACUGUGGAAUGUGCUUCUUCAAGGCCUCGGAGCUCCGUCGGCACUUUCGCUCCCAUACUGGAGAGAAACCUUUUAGAUGCACCUUGUGCGAGAGCUGCUUCUCCCGCUCAGAGGGGCUUAAAAGACACAUGAGGAGCCACACAGGGGAAAGGCCAUACAAAUGCAUUAUCUGCGGCAAAGGAUUUUAUUCUCGACAGGAUUUGAAUAUUCACGGAUUGACCCACUCGGGAGAGAAACCACAUCUGUGCCCUGUGUGCGGUAAAGGCUUCUCACAGCUGGGCAACAUGAAGGAACAUGAACAAAAUGUUCACAUUAAGUCAGAGAAGUACAUUUGCAAUGAAUGUGGGGCGACUUUCACACGGUACAAGUCACUGACGAAGCAUCAGCGGACACACACGGGAGAGAGACCCUACCUGUGCCUCGUCUGCGGUCGCCGGUUUUCAUGGAGCCAUUCUCUCAGCAGACAUCGAAGAACACAUUCACACAGACAGAUGUCUAUGGACGCAUCUAAAGACACGUCAAGUUUUGAAGGACCCUCUGAAAACCCCAGCAGCUGAAAAUAGCCAGAACAUCUUUAUAGAAAGCACAAUUCAUUGUCAAGUAGUGUUUCCAGAGAGUCAGGAACUGACAAAUUGAAUUUACUUGUUUGUAUUGCAUUGACAAGAAGCUUUUUAACUUUUGUGAUGAUUUAACUUGCUGCUGGCUUUUUUAUUUGUCCGUAAAGUAUCACUUUGAAGUUCUUAUUAUGGGGCACCAGAUUAUCUCCAUUUUUAUCCCUAAGAAUAGUUAUUUAUCAAACCCAGAGAGUAAACCUUCUUUCACGUGUGUUUACUGGCAUAUGUUGGCAGUUAAAAUUCAUGUUGUGCCUAAAAUAUAUCUGUUUAAGCUCACUUCUGGAUGUGGGUUAGCUCUGGUCACAUCUUCCUUUAAGAUUUGGAUUUUUAGCAAUAAAUUUGUUACAAGCAAAGUAGAAUUGCCUUUUUAAAUUGGCUGAAAUUGUGGUUUAUUAUGCACCCAAAUUAGUACAAAUUGGCACAUAGUUUAUUCCAAUCUGUGUAUAAUUCACUCUUCUCAUAUUUAAUUAAGAAUCCAAAUUUUAACAAAAAGAAUCUUAUUUUAUAAUUAAUUUAAAAUCCAAUCCAAAAACAACACCAACAGCUUGUCUCUCCUUUUUUUUUGCUGAAGUCAAAAAUAGGAAAUCAAACCAAAAUAUGAUUUUGAUAUUUAAUUUGUCUGAUUUCUGUGGCCACAAAGUUACUGACUUGUUUGUGUUUUGAACUUGCAGCAAAUACCCUGCAGCGGUGGCAGAUUUUAUGUUACAGACGUGAGCUUGAACAUUUUGUGCGUGUGAACAGAUGUAAACUUUUUCAAGGAGUCAUGGAUGCAAGGCGUUACAAUAAGUCAGCUCGUACCAUCGCGUGAUAAAAGUCACCAACUUUCCAGUCACAUAAAUCAACAGAUCAAACAUCAAGAUCCACUUUGGUUAUUUGAGUGUAAAAUCAAAAGUAUGUGCUGAAUUCUUAAAUGAAUAACUAAGAAAUGAAUGUGUUUUGUAAUUUUCUCAUUUUGGAUUCUGUAUGUAAUAUGGCAAGGAAGAAAAAAUAAUACUGAAGGGAUUUUGUUACUACCAAUGUGAGCCAGUUGCCCAUCACAAAGACUCAAAUGCCAAAAAAACAGACAGUUUUUGUAUUCACUUUAAAUUACUGUCAUUCUUCUUUAGUGAUUAGGAGCUCUUGUAGUGUUCUUCUAUUCAGGUCGCCUGCAUUACCAGUCACCACAGAACACCUCCCGUGUUUUCAGCGCUUACAGCUGACUGUAAGCGAUUCAAGGCGUAAAUGCAGUGGUUGGAACUAUAGUGUGCAGUAGCAGUUUUCUUCUGAUGUGAGUUGUGUAAACUUGAAAUAAAGACCUUUUAUACUUUU